CAAAGCGGAAAUGUGAUCUUUCGUGGCGUGGAAGCUGCAGUAAAAGAAAAAAAACCCUUGCUGCUGCUGCUGCUCUUUGUACCAUAUUCCCGGGAACGCGAAUACAACGCUGGAAGAGAAGCAAGCUCCUUUUCCCUUUUGGGAAGGUUCCUGUCCUGUUCACGCUUCAUUCAGCUUUACUUCCGACUUAAACUGUAAACAUGAAGAAGUUAAAACUUAAAGAACUAGAGAGCAAUCUUCAACAAGUUGAUGAUUUUGAGAAUCCAAAGCUGCUGCUUGAGCAAUAUCCAACAAGACCACAUAUUGCAGCAUGUAUGCUUUAUACAAUUCACAAUACUUUUGGUGACAUUGAAAACAAGACUGUUGCAGAUCUUGGGUGCGGUUGUGGUGUGUUGAGCAUUGGAAGUGCCAUGUUGGGAGCAGGGUUAUGUAUAGGAUUUGACAUAGAUGCUGAUGCCUUGGAAGUAUUUAGCAAGAACGCUGAAGAAUUUGAGCUGACCAAUAUUGAUUUGGUCCAGUGCAAUGUGUGUUCUUUGUCUGACAGAAUGCCAAAAACCUUUGAUACAGUCAUUAUGAAUCCUCCCUUUGGAACGAAGCACAAUAAAGGCAUGGAUAUGGCUUUUCUCAAGACAGCAUUGCAGUUGGCAAGAACAGCCGUAUAUUCCUUGCACAAGACUUCGACCCGACAGCAUAUCCAGAAGAAAGCAGAUGAAUGGAACGUGAAGAUGGAAGUUUUAGCAGAACUGAGAUACGACCUACCAGCCUCGUUCAAGUUUCACAAGAAGAAAUCGGUGGACAUCGAAGUCGAUUUUAUUAGAUUCUCUUGCAGAUAACAGGGUGAACGGAGGAAUGAUUGAAAACAAAAUCAUUUUGUUUCUUUAAAAGAAAACCCUCAAUGCUUUUGGGAGUACUAUUCUGUAUCUCCACCUCC